AUGUCUAAUUCUAUUAGUACUUCAAGAUUUACUUGCACUCUUUAUACACAUUUACAAUCUUAUAAAACUAAAUGUGGUCUUCAAUAUCAUGAAACAAUAAAACACAAAGAACAUAAUAUACUACCUUCUCAUAUAUUACCAUUACCUAACUAUGAGCUUGAUUAUAUUAAAAAAAUUAUAGUUCGAGAAAUUCAGAAGCAUCUAAAAAAGUAUCAUUGUACUGUUAGAAAUCAAGUUUUUUCUUUACAUUGUAGUGAAAAUACCUUUAGAAACAAUUCAUAUAAUAUAUUAACAAAUAUUUUUAAUAAUGCUAUGUGGGGAGAACGAGAUUAUGCCAAAUGUGUAUUUGAUCAAGUUAAAAUUUGUAAAGAAAAUAUUUUUCAUAAAGAUGAUAAAGUUGAAAUUAAGCAAGCAUGUUUUACUAUAAAUGAUAAGCUAUUUGAAAUUCAAUAUGGAAAAGUUAACCAAGAAAAGAUAGAUGAUUUGCAUUUUGCAAUUUUAAAAUCAUUAGAUAAAAGCAAGAUAUCUCAUGAAGCUUAUUGA